AUGGGGAAUUGUAUGAAGAAGACAUUCAGAUCAAGGCAGCAGGUGGAAGAAGAAGAAAUAGAAGAGAUUCGUGAAGCUGCUACGAAGGAAAACGAAGGAGGAAAAGGCAGCAUGAAGGUGAAGAUAGUUCUUACAAAAGAGGAGCUCGAGUUGUUGUUAGUGAAGCUGAAGAAUAAGAACGGCAAUAAUGGCGGGUAUCGGUUAGGGGAACUUUUGGCUGAAAUGGAAAAAGCUAGAUCAGUUAAAGUGGAGUGUUGUUGGAGGCCUUCAUUGGAAAGUAUCAUGGAAGAUGAAGAAGACGAUGUUAUCAGUUCAUGA